GUUAUUGCCUCCACGUAGAUGCAUACGCAGUCUCGUGCUGAAAAGAAACUGCUGAUCUGAUCGAGUUACUUCGCCCAGUGACAUCAAUAUUAGUUUGAAUUAGUUGACACACAAAUGGGUGAAUAUAUAGUCAGCCGAGACCAGCUCAAAGAGCCAACACCGUUCGGUAAGGCUAUGCUUGAGAGGCAUUUCCUCAUCCAUCCAAAAUACCGUCCACUGAAUCACGGAUCCUUUGGAACAUUUCCUAUAGAAGUGCGCGAUGCGCAGCGACGACUGCAGGACGAGCAGGAAAGCCGGCCGGAUGUCUUCUUCGUCCGCUCGCACGCAGAAUAUGUUACCCAGUCACGCCGCUACAUAGCGGAUUUCGUGAAAGCGCCUCUUGAUGAGUGCGUGUUUGUCAAGAAUGCCUCCACAGGCAUCAACACUGCUCUUCGCAACCUCGAUUUCAAGCAAGGUGACGUCAUUGUGUAUUUUGCGACAGUGUACAACGCCGUCGAGCAAACCCUAGUUUCGCUGAUGGAGAGCACCCCGGUACAACUGCGCAAGGUGGAAUACACAUUCCCAAUUGCACACGAUGAAAUCGUUGACCGAUUCCUUCGGGUUGUCACUAGCGUGAGGGUCGAAGAAGGGCUGAAUGUUCGGGCAGCGAUCUUUGAUACCAUCGUCUCAAUGCCGGGGGUGAGAUUUCCUUUCGAGAAGUUGAUCACAGCCUGUAGGAAAGAAUCAAUUUAUAGUAUAAUUGACGGUGCCCAUGGCAUCGGGCACAUCCCAUUGAACCUGGGUGAAUUGAGUCCCGACUUCUUUGUCAGUAACUGUCACAAAUGGCUGUACACUCCCCGAGGAUGUGCCUUGUUCUAUGUGCCCAAGCGCAACCAGCACCUAAUUCGAACCUCAUUUCCCACUUCACACGGUUACACAUUCCCACCUGAUCGCGGCCAGUUACAUGAUGGCAACAAAACCGAUUUCGAGAUUUUAUUCGAAUUCGUGGCAACGACUGACGACACCCCGUAUAUGUGUGUCCCCGCAUCUCUCAAGUUCCGAGAAGUCGUUUGUGGGGGUGAUAAUGCUAUUUACGAAUACAUCCAAGACGUUGCGCAAAGGGGCGGUGACGUUGUUGCCAGCAUUCUAGGUACUGAUGUGAUGCAAGAGCCAAAUCUGCCAAGUCUCAGCCACAGUGAUAUUCGCAAGUGCGCAUUGGUAAAUGUGCGGAUGCCCCUGGCCUUCAAUGGUGACACGAUAAAUGAACACGUGCCAAAGCCGGGGACCUCGCCGUAUAAACUGCUUGACAUACAGAGAGCGGGCGAGGUCGUGGCUUGGAUGGAGAGCAAACUUAUAACAGAAUACGAUACAUUCGCCAAAUUCUACCCACAUGGCGGGUGGCUGUGGCUGCGACUUAGCGGGCAGAUCUAUCUUGAACUAGAAGACUUUGAGUGGAUUGCAAACAUAGUCGAUCAACUGUGUGCGCGGGUGGGCAAGGGAGAAUGGCUACAGUAAUCGCAUUAUUUCUCGUGAAGACAGACUUAAAAGAAGAAGUUAGACGAUUAAUC